CAAGGGUCAAAUAACUUAGUAUGGGGCAUAUACGGCACAUGAACCGAAGCACAGGCCAAGUGGUGUUGUCUCCCCGAGCUUCCUUGAGAAUUACCGCUUUCUCUCUCUCCUUUCCUCCUCUCUCUCGUUUCUGCUGCCUUUGCCGGUUCCACUGCAUCCCAAUCUCGUAUUACGCCCAUCCUCCCCCUACUGUCUAUCCGUCCUCCGUGUCUGCUGUCCUGGUGUCACCACUUGGCAGGAUAUCCAGUCCACAGUUUCUCCAGGAGGAACUUUCAACGCUCCCCCUGGAUCUGUACUCGUACCUGCUGCCCUCCGUCCCCAAUCCAGCACCUUGAAAUCACGGCGGGAUAAUUCCCAGUCUGGGGAAUCGGAGACCAAGUCGAGAAUUGAAUCAUCAAUUUGGGUGAGUCCAUACUAUUUAACACCUACACGCGAUGCAACUGCACGGAGAACGCGAGGGAAGAAAACCUGCGGAAACAUGCAGCUCCUCGAGGCAUGGCACCACCACCUCUACUACUAUUACUACUACUUCCGAAGGAUUGCAUCUCUGGCCUCUUUUCGAUACUGUCGAUCCUUGCACGUAUCUCGAUGGGCUUUCUUCCUGUUGCUUCACUCCAUGAUUUUGUGUUGCCUUCGGAUAGGACUACACCUGUCAUUCUACGCGCAGCUGCCUCCCGUCUUUCCCACUUCCUUCCUACACCUUUUUUCUUUUCUGUCCCCCUCCCCCUCCCCCUGGAUUCAGGGUUGAACUGGCCAGUCACGGUCUCAAAAUCGGUUUGCUCUCUAUACUGAUUUUCACGUUGACUCGGAUAGCACCACCUAACCCCUUGCAGUUUCUCUCCCUUUCCUCUUUCUUCCCUUCCACUCGUCCUCGAUCUUCCAACCCGGUCCCGGGCCUGACGGUCAGCUAGUCUACCAUGGCCACAACAGAGGAACCUGUCCCUCGGGGCGAGACUGAAGUCGACGUGCCUCCCCCGGCUACCCCUGCGGAGUCUACCGUGCCUUCCGGAGCGGAGGAGCUAAAGUCGAGCCCAGAGGCGUCGAGGGAUAAAGAGAACGUGCCGGAGGCUUCACCCAAAAAGGCCCAUUCGGUAACCAGCCCUUCCAAACAUGCUUCAGGAACCGCGACUGUAAAACGAACUCCCCCCUCGACGACGACAAAGCACCGAUCGCACGAAGCUCACCCAACCCGUGGCGCGACCAAUGGCAGCACACUCAGCAAGCCUCCAACUCGGCCAGCCACCACUUCUACUGUUCGCAAGAAUCUGAGCACCUCUACUACUGCCUCCCACCGAUCCCGUCCCUCGGUGAGUUCUGCGGACGAGAAGACAAAAUCAGUGGCUAGCUCAGGGGAUGAAAAGAAAGGCAUCUCAGCGACGGCCAAGCGGAUGUCUCUCGUUGGCAGCUCUUCGAGCAAACCUCACGUGAAACCAGCUACCUCCCACAAUGAUCGGAGGUCGACCAUUGGCUCCUCUGCAUCGGACAAAAAGCCUCCCAGUUACCUCUCCGGUACUGCGGCUUCCGCCAGACACACUGCGGCCAAGCCUACAACUACAACCCAUGCUGCCCGACCGACCUCCUCUUCUACCUCGUCCCGUACAAUCGCCAGGCCGGCACCUUCAACAACAGCUGCCGCUUCCAAGCAUGCCACUGCCACAUCCGGUGCAGAAGCAAGGAAGAGACUGAGCGCUGUCCAUCAUACCUCUUCCGCCGCGAAACAUGCCCAUGAAGACGCCGAAAAAUUACGCUCACUUCAGGACCAGCUGUCGGAAAGCGAGGCGACCGUUGCCAGCCUGAGGACCGAGCUCGAGGCGGCAAAUGAAAAGAUCUCUCAAGCGUCGUUGCCGGCCGGGGAGCAGUCACCCACCGCAGAAUCCGCAGAUGCUAUCCGAACGGAAUACAGUGCCCAGAUUGAAAAGCUGACUGCGGAUCAUGUGCAAGAGCUGCAGGGCCUACAAGCCCAGCUAAAAGAAGCAGAUGCAAAAUACAAGGAGCUGGAAGAGAGGCUAUCCAAGGAGGUUAGCACGCCUGAGCAAGGCAAUGCAGAGGCAGCGGCGGCACGAGCAGAACUGGAGGAGUCUCACAAGGCAGAACUGGAGAAGCUUGGAAAGGAACUGGCAGAACAAAAAGCCGCUGCCACUGCGUUCGCCGAGCAAAUUGAAACUCUCAAGAAGGAGCUGCAAGAGCAGCAGGCUAGCUCGGAGGAUGCCACAAGAGCCUUCCAGGAGCGGAAUGCUGCAGCCCUGGACGGUUUGGAACGAGAACUCCAGGGACGGGAUCAAGUUAUUGCGAAUCUCAAUGUCGAGAUGGAAAAACUCAACCGUUCAAAGCAGCAGGAGGUUCGCGACGCUGAAGAGUCUGCAAAACGAACCAUCUCGGCUCUCGAGGACAAGAUCUCUUCUUUGGAGACCGAAAUCACCGAGGCAGCGUCGGAGGCUCAGCAAAGCAGCGAAAAAUCAAGCGGCAUUGUUUCCGAGAAGGACCGGGAGAUUGCAGAACUGAAGCAAGCAAUCGAGAAGUUGCAAGAUGAGCUCAAGAAGGCGGGUGAAUCCAGCCAGGAGGAGCUGAGCAGCAAGAUAAAGGACAUCGAAGCAACCCAUGAAGACAAAAUCGCUAAACUGAAGGCAGAGCAUGCGGCAGCCUUGGCCUCUCUGUCGGACGCCCACGCGAAGGAAGUCUCGACUGCCAAGGAAGCGGCGGAAUCUGCUGGUACCACUCACUCUAAGGAAAUCGAGGAACUGCGCCAGGCCCUAGAAGCUUCGGAAGCCGCUGCAAAGAAGGCAGUAGAUGAGAAUACUACCGCCCUUACCUCUGCCCACGACUCGGAGGUGCAAUCUCUCAAGGAAAAGCUAACUGCAUCAGAGAAAGCCCUUAGCGAAGCUCAGAAGGCCCUUGACGAAGGCACCAACGCCGCUCGUGCAGAUGCUGCCCAGGAGAUCGAUUCCCUGCGAGAGAAGGUUGAGUCUUUGGAAUCACAGUUGUCAACGGGCAAGGAUGAGAUCAAGGCGCUCCAGACAGAGAUCCAGGGCAAGCAACAGGAAGCUGUGGAAUUGCACCAGAAAUUUAGCACCUUUGAAGAACAGAUUAAGUCCAAGGCGACUGAAUAUGAGAGCAAAGUAAAAGCUCUGGAGGAAAAGACCGAUUCGGCUACGAAGGCCCUCGACGAGAAGGCCAAAGAAGCGGCCGCUGCUGCGGAGGAACACAUACACGCUCUUGAAGUGUUGAAAGCUGAGCAUGCCAAGAAGCUUGACGAAGUCAAGGCCGAGCAUGCUGCCGAGUUGAAGAAGCUGGAAACCGAGCGUGCAGCGGAGUUCGAAGCGUUGAAGGCGGACCUUGAGAAGCGGAAGAGCGAACAUGCCGCGGAGUUGGAGCAAACGAAUGCCGGACACGCUGCAGAACUGGAGAAGGCGAAGGCUGAGGCGUCCGAAUCCCAUAAGAGUGCGCUAAGGGAACUGCAGGGGAAGCAUGACGAGCUGCUCUCGGCGAAGCUGGAACUGGAAUCGAGUCACGCCAAACACCUAGAGUCGCUUCAAACCGAAUUGACGUCCUCUCUUGAACGCCAUGCGAAGGAGCUUACCACUCAAAGCGAAUCUCAUGAUAAGGAGAUUGCCGAUCUCCAGAAGCAGUUCGAGGAAACAGAAGCCAAACUGAAGGCAGAGCACAAGGCUACCCUAGAUGCCAAGACUAGCCAGGCUGAGGCGGAGCACAGUAAAGCGAUUGAAAUGCUCCUCACCGCGCAUGAAGAGAAAAUCUCCAACCUUCGAGGAGAUCUUGAAAAGUCGAAAGAGGAUAGCAUCACCGAGCUUCAAAAAUCGCAUGACAAAAAGGUAGCGGAUCUUGAGGAGCAGUUAGCACAAGUCAAAUCUUCUGCUGCGGAGGGUACAUCUAUUGCAGACCAGCUCAAGGCGAAGAUUGGAGAACUGGAACAGAAAUUAGCCGAUAACGAAAAAGCCCGUGAGGAAGCAGAGAAGAAGGCUGCCGCUGCAGCCGAGGGACUUGCCGAUAAACACAGCUCGGAACUAUCGAAUAUCGAGACCGAAAAGGCCGAAUUGGAGAAGAAAUACCAGGCGGCAAGCGAUCGGGUUGCAGAUCUCCAGAAAUCCCUGGCUGCUUCUGAAAAUAUCAAGUCCGAACUCGAGAGCGUCUUGGGCCAACUCUCUGCGUCCAAAGAGGAGCUGUCGAAGCUCAGGGAGCAACAUGAAAAAGUGUGCCGUGAGAUCGAUGAAACCAGGUUGCAGAAGAAGGAGAUGGAAGAAAAGCUUGCUGGCGGCGAGAGGACUCUGAACGAUCAGAUCGAAAGGAACAUGUCCUUAUUGAACAACCUCGGCGAACUUGAAAAUUCCAUUUCCACCAGUCGGAGGCGCGUUCGCGAACUGGAGGUGGAACUAGCUUCGCUGAAGGCUGAGAAAGAUAGCUCCAAGUCCGCUGGUGUCGGCCUUGAGGGAAGCAGGUGGGCAAAUGCGGAUGAUACUAAGGGUAACGAUGUCGGCGGGGACAAAGCCGGUCCUGAAGCAGCGGAAGGUGAGGACCUUGGUCCAUCUAUUCAGGGAACGAUGGCCAGCAUUCAGGAACAGCUUAAACAUAUCCGAGCAGCCAGCGAUGAUUGGUACGAUGAACAUAAGCAAGUAAUUGGAGAGCUGGGCCAACUCUCGACAUCGACACCCCGAAGUCAUUCCAGCACACCUCAACCGGAAAAAUCAUACAGUGACUCUGACGGCAGUCGUAACGGUGGGAAGUCAUCGUAGGCGAUGAUCAACCCCCAUCUGGCUUUGACUGUUUCUCUUCUCCUUGUACAGCUUAUUUUGUAUCAGUCAAGAGCUCAGGAUACCCCUGUUCAUACUUUCGCUCUGUUGUCAGAAGACUGUUUGUCUUGGUGUGUCGGGUUCUAUUUUGAGGCUUCUUCAUGUCUAUUUGUAAUUCACAAUGGAACACGGCUUUACUCCUGUCUCUACUUAAUGCCUAAUUAAUUUUAUUGAAACAGUAGAACCUGA